AUGCUUCCUCAGCAUCUCCAGAGCAGCUAUCAGCAGUACAAGGCAGAUACUGACCACAUUGCAACAUGGCUCGCAACCACUGCCCAACGCUGUGGCUUCACCCUGAACCUGCAGGUUGCUGAAGAGGCGACCAGGCCAAUGAAACUCAAGGGACGUGCGAGGAAGCGGAUUGGGCUUCGGGCCCCGUUACCCCAGUUUCGUACAGCCUCGCGAGAGCUGUUGGAGAUUGCGGCGGAAAAGGUGAGUGGCAUGAUCUCUGCCGAUGUUGGCGGGCUGGUUUCGUCCAUGAUGAAGGUACUGUACAAUGUGGAGUUUGAAGUUGAACAGGAGGAUUGA